AUGUCUUUAGCCUGCAUCAGCUCAACCUGGAACGCGUUCGCCGACUGUUUCAGCUGCUGCUGCUGUGGCACGUUGCAAUUCUGUUGUCCCCUGAUUGCGGGCCCAUCUCAGACAUGUUGCCGCUCGCGCCGAGAGGAAGACGAAGACGAGGACCACGACGAGCGUAGAGUCGGCGUAGGCUACCAUCAGCAACAGCCCGAAGGCAUGUCAGAGAUGGAGACCAACACGCACAACCGCGCGGCGGACAGAUGA